AUGACGAAGCGAUUCUUAGGCCUCAAUGGCACCAGGCUCCAGAUUGCCAUCGGCGUUCUGGCCGGCAUGGAUUUCCUACUGUUCGGAUACGACCAGGGAGUCACUGGCGGCCUGUUGACGCUGGACUCGUUCCGCAAGUACUUCCCCUCCAUCGACACGACCACCGCGCACACGGCGGGCUGGACCUCCGCCGAAAAGAGUGCUCAGUCCACUCGCCAAGGUAUUACCGUCGCUGCGUACAACUUGGGCUGCUUUGCUGGCUCGAUUCCCACCAUCUGGCUCGGAAACCUGCUCGGUCGCCGCAAAGCCAUCUUCCUCGGUUCCUUCAUCAUGGUCAUCGGCGCGCUGCUCCAGUGUACCUCGUACGAUCUGGCCCAGCUGGUUAUCGGCCGUCUCGUCACUGGUUUCGGGAAUGGUAUCAACACGUCCACUGUCCCUACCUGGCAAUCCGAGUGCUGCAAGUCCCAUCGUCGUGGCCAGAUGGUCAUGAUCGAAGGCGCCAUGAUUACCUGCGGUAUCACCAUCAGUUACUGGAUCGACUUUGGUCUGAUGUUCGCCGAUCCCAACGAAGUCGCCUGGCGUUUCCCGCUCGCCUUCCAGAUCUUCUUCGCCUUCAUUAUCCUGGCCUUUGUCAUGUUCCUGCCCGAGUCUCCUCGCUGGCUCAUCUUGAAGGGCCAUGAGGAUGAGGCUCGGGAGGUUCUGGCCUGCCUAAUGGGCGACGAGACCGACGAGGUCUUCAUCGACACCGAGUUUACGGCAAUCAAGGCCACGGUUCUGGAGAUGGCCAAGGGCUCAUUCCGCGACAUGUUCACCAUGGGCGAGGACCGCCACUUCCACCGCACCAUGCUCGCCUAUGUCAACCAGAUGUUCCAGCAGAUCUCGGGUAUCAACUUGAUUACUUACUACAUUCCCACCCUGCUCGAGGACCAGGUCGGUCUGAGCCCGACCCUAUCGCGUCUGAUCGCCGCCUGCAACGGCACCGAGUACUUCGCCGCCUCGUGGGUGGCUGUGUUCACGGUUGAGAAGUUCGGUCGCCGUACCCUGAUGAUCUUUGGUGCCAUCGGCAUGUCCUUGUCCAUGGUUGUCUUGGCAGUGACCGACAGUAUCUCCGCCGCCAAUCCCCUGACCGAUCUGGGCACUCGUGCUGGUAUUGCGCAAACAGUGUUCCUAUUCGUCUUCAAUACGUUCUUCGCCAUUGGCUGGCUGGGCAUGACCUGGCUGUAUCCCGCUGAGAUUGUGCCCCUGAAAAUUCGUGCCCCGGCCAACGCCCUGUCCACUUCCUCUAACUGGAUCUGGAACUUCAUGGUCGUCAUGAUCACCCCUGUCGCUUUCACCAACAUUAGAUACAAGACCUACAUUAUCUUCGCAGUGAUCAACGCCUUCAUUGUCCCCGUGGUCUACUUCUUCUUCCCAGAGACCACCAUGCGUUCUCUGGAGGAGAUGGACCGCAUCUUCCACAAGACCACCAAUAUGUUCGACUGCGUCUCGCUCGCCCGCACCGAACCGCACAUGUACGGUCCUAACGGUGAAUUACUCCGCACCCUGGACGAUGUCGAGGACGAGGCCGUCCGCCGUGCCAGCGUCCUAAGCAACCCCUCCAAGCGUGCCACCAACAACCACCACGAGCACAUCACCGAGAAGGACAGGUCAGGCAGCUCCAGCGACGAGAAAUAA